AUGGCUCGAUCCGGACGUUCGAAGCGCCAAAGCGCAAAGGACUUAAAAGAAGUGCUAAAAGUAAAGAGAGCCAAACGAGCUCUUUCCAAUGGUGACUACAAGGCUGAUGCCCAAGUACCUAAGAGGGAAGCUCCUCCAGUUCCAACUCUAGUUAAAGAAGACCAAUUAAAAGAGGCUCAUGAACUUUUGCUUGAAAUAAAGCAAGCGCAACUUGAUGCCAUGACUCCCUUUCAAGUUCUUACCAGUUCUUUGGGCUCCCUCACUGAGAUUGGGAACUUUCUAGUUCAAGCAGAUUUGUCAGUUUUAGCUUCCAUAUUCGUCGAUAGCAUGGGUGAGCCUAGUGUUCCUGUCUCUGAAAUUGAGAAGAUGGUUAAGAAGAUAGUGGCAGCUAACCUAGAAAAGCUCUUAGGCUCUAAUAAGGGUAAGGAGCAGGUGAUAAUAGAAGAUGAUGAGGCCGAGAGCGAAUCUGAAAGAAAAGAGCACAUGGAUGACACUUGGCAAGACAAGGAAUUAUUUGCUAAGAAGAUGCCUACAAAGAAGACCGAACCUAAGCCAGUUGUGUUGAAAAAGUUUGAGAAGCUGGAUAAGAAGUUAGAGAAGCUGCAUGUCUUCAUGAAAUCUAAGGAAAUGGAUCAAUAUGUAGACAUCGAUGAUGAUGAUGAUAAUGAGUUGGAAUUGAAGCACACUACUCCUGUGAUCUACAAGAUGCCAAAGGUGGCAAAAUAUGAUGGUACGCGUGAUCCUAAGGUGCAUGUCAUGCAAUACAAACUAGUAAUGGAAUUGGCGGGUCUGCCGUCAAGGAAGAUUCUAAAGAUGUUUCCUAUGUCCUUGACUGGGUCUGAUCAGACAUUUUUAUUACAACUUAAAAAAGAAGGUGAAGAGAUUGGAACGAGCUCACCACGAUUUUCUUGA